AUGUCUUCCGUAGAAAAUGAAAUUACUGACCUUCAUUUAAGCCUUGAUUGUGGUGAUAAUGCUGGUAAAACACAUACCCCGCACAUUCUACCAGAGUGUGUUGGACCUAUGCAGAUCACUGAAUAUGUCACAUCUGACACCCUAUAUUUAAGCAGAAGAAACUUAAAAUAUGUUGUGGAUUGCAUUUUGAAGAAUACUACUUUAAAGGUAGGUCAAGCAGAUGAUUCUGAUGCUCUCAUUUUCAAGAAUAUGCUUUGUUAUUCAGAGCUGACUGUAUCCUCUCUAACUGUAUCUUCCUGUUGUUUUAAGAAUUUGUAUCUUGAAGGUAAUGAAAUAUCCAUGCUUCCGGAUACGCUGUUCACCAGUUUGUCAAACUUGGUGUGGUUAGAUCUCAGAAAUAACCAAAUCACAUCCCUUCCUGCGGAAAUUGGUCUACACAGGUAUUGUAGGCUAGUUUGUAUUGGCUUAUCAACCAAAAUAUCUGUAGAUGUGCUGUGGAUUUUAAUGGAUUCAUUUAUUAAUUGGUUGAUGCAGAUGUCUGAAAACGGUGCUGCUAGAAGGCAAUCCUAUCACAGAGCUUCCACUGGAAUUGGGUGGGUUGAACUCUGUCACCUUGUUUCUAUUAUCCUUUACACAAGAACAUCAUUGCAUUUUAUCAAGUCUUCAGUGACUUUUACAGUAUUUUGGGAUAGGCUGCAUGUCCCUCUCAGGAUGCUUGGACUUCAUUUCCUUUACUUGAAGAGUGGGUGUGACAUGUUGUUUAUUCCCAUCUUAUUCUUCAGUGACCCAUCUCCAGCUGUGAACUGCAUUAGGAUUUCUGACAUAUGUGUUUGUACUUCUCAGGUAACGUGAUUACUCUCAAGGCCCUGAGUUUGAGGCAUUGCCCCAUCACGUUUCCGCCUCAAGAGGUUGUGCAGCAGGGCCUCCAAUGCAUCCUCCAGUACCUACGGAGUGCCAUGGCCGAACGACCGGUUAGUGUGCGGAACUCUCUUCCAGGUGAAUGAUAUCGAUAACUGUAGUGUCACCUAAUGAAGUUGAACAAUGUGACGGCAAGGUGCUUGUGUGGUGUCCGCCCUUCUGUCCACCGCCAUCUGUUCUUUUGUAUAAGAAAGAAAGGCUGGCCACCAAAAUAGCUCCUUGCCCUUGUUCCACUUCAGUGGUGUGACUUCUGUUCCCUUGGAGACGGCGCAUGCAGCAGGCAGACUUUUUGUGUAGCUCUACCCAGUAAUAUUUUUAGCCAGAUUAAAAUGACCGAUAACCAGAGGCGCUUUGUCAUCAACCACUGUCUAGUAGUGCCUAUGGGUAAUCAGCAUGACUAGCCAAGUCACCCCUCAGCAGAAAGCCUACAUCUAGAACAAAGGUGCCCUGUUGUAUCUUUAUAUAUAUAUAUAUAUAUAUAUAUAUAUAUAUAUAUAUAUAUAUAUAUAUUAUACUAUUAAAAAAGAGGAUCAAGGCUCACUGUUUCUCUGGAAAAGUAAUUGAAUCUUGAUGGAUAUUAUGUUGUCACUGCCAGGGCAAUAUGCCAGCAUUCAGAUCAUGUCAUACCAGAUUUCAUCAUGUUAGUUCAUGAAUGAGAGGACAUGCUUACUAUGGGCUCAUUACAGCUUCAACUUGACAUCUAGUAUUCACUAAAACAUUUAUUUCAGCAUAGAUGCAAAGGAUCCAAAAGAGGACAAUUGUUUAUAUAGGAAGUGACAGAAAUGUGAUUAUUUUGCUACCAUAAUCAUUUUCAUGGAAAGUUGUUGUUGAUGUUUUGGUGGCAGACAUGCCCCCAGUGGAGAAGCUACAGUUGACAGAGCUUGUGAAGUCCAGUUUGGACCUUUGUGAAGAGGUGGUGGAUGAAGACGAGCUGCAGAGGUUCAGAGAGCUGAGGCAGAAGAUGAUACAAAUGGACAGAGCUGAGUUUGGCUUUGCCCUCCCUAUUUCACGUCUCCCUAGAGCAGCAGAGGGCGAUAGAGGCCACAAUACAUACCCCCUGCCCAUCAUUAAAAGGUAAAUUUAAAAAGGUUUGUCCUCUGGUAAAGUUAUGGGAGUAAUGACAGGCGUCUGGUAACUGCAUAUCUAGGGGAAACUCAGUAGUCUACAGUGUCCUCUCCUUAUUUGAACUGCCUAACUCUUUAACCAGACUGACCACUAUACUCAGCACAGUGGGCAGUAUGGUUUACGAGGCUAGCAAUGAUAGGUGUAAGCAAUAUGGUGGAUGCCUUCUCUGAGGAAUUAAAUGCAGUGAAUUGCAGUGAAGGAAAGGUGACAAGGAGAGGGAGCCACUGUAGACUAAUAGGCUAUUGAGAUGGAAAAUACUGCAUGGACAGUCAAAGUAUAUUUUUAUGACAGUCUCUGAGGAGGAGGCCUAGCGAUAAAAUCUCCCAGGCUCUGCAGGGACACGGUCCUUCUGAGAGCAAUAAAAAUAAAACAUUUUAUUUCGAUUUAUUUGUCAGAAAGAAAGAGAUUACCAGGGGAAAUAUAUUUCCCGAGCUCCCUCCCUUUGACAUGCAGUACUGCAAGAGGUCAGAGGAGAGAAGACUGGCUGCAAUGAAAGAGCUUAAAGAAAAACAAGCCAUUCUUGAACAAAGGAGGAAGUAAGUAAGUUAUUACUGUUGGAUUUUAUAGAACCCAACAGAAUUAUCUCGCAUCAGUAGGCUAUACUGCUGACCCCCUACUGCGUUUGUGGCCUUUUGAAUCACAUUAAUUACAUACAGUAUUUAGUUGCGAACUAUGUUAUACCAGGGGUGAGAGAGAAUUGUCUCUCUACUUGCAGUUUCAGAAAGCAGGGGUGUAUUGUGUCAAAUUGGCAUUUGAUGAAGUCCCAGAAAGGGAGGGAUCAAUAUUAUGUGUCUGCAAAAGCCAAUGACAAUGCCAAUAAGGGGUAGGUAAAGAAAUCCAGCAAGAUCUAAGAUGAGCUUAUCCGACCCCAAUCCUAACCUAAACAAAAUAAAAGCGAACUUAGAUCAGUGUUUAUGGGGUACUUGAUUCCUCACAGUGCUUUAUAUGGCCCUGCCCUUCUUUUCCCUUAGAGACCAAGAGCUCCUUAAGGAAUGGCGUACUCAUGCUAGGGUCAUGCAGGAGAGGAAAAUCUUAGAGCACAAGCAGGAAAGGCGUGAGAGACAUAGAAGAGAAGAGGUAUGUCUGUUCUGUAUGUCUGCUUUCACUCCCAUUCUAGUUUUGGAAUAUACUAUUUUGUUCACUUACAGAACCGAAAGCAUUUUUCUGAUUAAAAUUUCUCCCUUUCCAAUGACCAGAGGAGGGCAGCAUAACACCAUCCUGAGUAAAGGUUUUCACAGUCAUUGGAAAGGGAGAAAAUUAGAAUUAGUAAAAUGCUUUCAGUUAUGUUCUUGUUAUAAGGAAACUAUCUGAGAGAAGUUAGAGUAGAGUAGAAAGAGAGAGACUGACUGGAGUCCUUGUUUCCAUUCUGGAUGAGCAGACGUUGAAAAAGAUAGUGUCAGGCUGUGCAGACACUCAGCUGAGGCUGUCCAGGUCAGAGGCAGCGACAGGCCUAGCUAAUGAUGGAUCACUGUGCCUCCAGUGUGCCGAGUCAGUCAUCCUGCAGUCAGAUGUCUCCAGCGAGGCUGCACCACAGCUGGUAAACACACCCCUUCCACAGAACGCUAGCACACACACAGUCAGAUACACACCGACACAGCAGCAGACUAGACUGCGUGGCCGCACACAACUCCAUCACCAUUAUUAAGUUUGCAGACGACACGACGGUGGUAGGCCUGAUCACCGACAACGAUGAGACGGUCUACAGGGAGGAGGUCAGAGACCUGGCAGUGUGGUGCCAGGACAACAACCUCUCCCUCAACAUCAGCAAGACAAAGGAACUGAUCGUGGACUACAGGAAACAGAGGGCUGAGCAUGCCCCCAUCCACAUCGACGGGUCUGUAGUAGAGCAGGUCGAGAGCUUCAAGUUCCUCUGUGUCCACAUCACUAAGGAAUUAUCAUGGUCCACACACACCAACACAGUCGUGAAGAGGGCACAACAAUGCCUCUUCCCCCUCAGGAGGCUGAAAAGAUUUGGCAUGGACCCUCAGAUCCUCAAAAAGUUAUACAGCUGUACCAUUGAGAGCAUCUUGACUGGCUGCAUCACCGCCUGGUGUGGCAACUGCUUGGCAUCCGAGCGUAAGGCGCUACAGAGGGUAGUGCAUACAGCCCAGUACAUCACUGGGGCCCAGCUUCCUGCCAUCCAGGACCUCUAUAGCAGGCGGUGUCAGAGGAAGGCCCUAAUAAUUGUCAAAGACUCCAGCCACCCAAGUCAUAGACUGUUCUCUCUGCUACAGCACGGCAAGCGGUACCGGUGUAUCAAGUCUGGAACCAACAGGACCCUGAACAGCUUCUACCCCCUAGCCAUAAGACUGCUAAAUAGUUAGUCCGGGUAGCUAUUGGUUAACUAUUUAACUAUCUGCAUUGACCCUUUUUGCACUAACUCUUUUGACUCAUCACAUAUGGCACUGUUAAUUAUAUAUCCUUUUGCCUAGUCACUUUAUCCCUACCUAUAUGUACAUAUCUACUUCAAUUACAUCGUACCCCUGCAUAUCGACUCGAUACUGGUACCCCAUGUAUAUAGUGAAGUUAUUGUUACGCAUUGUGUAUUUAUUCCUCGUGUUAUUAUUUUUAUAUUAUUACAAAUAUAUAUAUAUAUAUAUAUCUCUGCAUUGUUGGGAAGGGCCCUUAAGUAAGCAUUUCACUGUAGUCUACACCUGUUGUUUAUGAAGCAUGUGACAAAUACAAUUUCAUUUGAUUUGAUGAUUUGACAUAAGCAAGCGUAACAUCAUGAUGAACAUUAGGUCCCACUCCCACCACAAACCACAAGGUACCAGAACCAGGGUAUACUGCUAACCUGGCACUCAGAGCAACCCAUAGCUGUAUAUAUAAUAGCUAACCUCUUCAGCAAUGCGCCAGGAUAGUAGUAGUCAAUCUGUGUCACUGAUAGACCUUUCAUCCAUCCUUAACUUACUAUAAGUUCACAGUUUCGGUUAGAUGAAUAAAAGACCAGCUUUCUAUAGAAAUUAAUAUAUUGUUUUGUUACAGGUACCUAUAAAAGCUCCAUAUGCCACAGAGGCUCUGUGUAGUGUUGCUGAAAGUGGUGAGGUCAAGACCCAUAAACCCCCACCAAAGAGGAUCCAGAGACAGAGAUCGUUCCUGUCCCAGAAGGAACACGAGGAAGCCAGGUAUGAUGUAGCUAUGAUGUGUCUAUCAAUGGAUACACUGUUGCCACUGAGCUACUAACAGUAGCCACCAACGGAAGCAAUGGCAGAUCAAUCAAAGCAUUGGCAGCUAAGAGCUGAAUUGCAGUCCAUCUAAAUAAAUAACAAAAUAAUGAAAUCAAUCAAUCAUGUGAAAUCGUGUGAUAAAUGUAUGUGUGGAGGGAGGGAGCAUUGGUCGGUCACAGCCAGGUGAAAGCCUCAGGAGUCUUGAUCAGGGACAGGGUCAGACAGGUCUGGACUCAGAGCUACUGGUCUCUGUAGUCUGUAGCUUGCCAGCUACUCCUCCGCCACCACCAACAUGCAGCACCCACAACGGUAUGUAACUAAGAGAAUCAUUAGUUUGUGGAAUGGUGGUUCAUUUUACCCUUGACCUGUGUGACCCCAGGGAAGCCCGCGACCGGGAGUUAGAGCAGCGGAUCAGCAGCCAUGUUCAGAUGGUCCAGGAGAGACGCAGGAGGCCCAGUGGCACUGCCCAAGAGGAGACAGAAGCUGCAAGGCAGGACAUGGAGGAAGUAUGUUACUCUUCUACUGUAUAUCAAGCAACCAGUCAAGUCAUUUUCAGUGCUCAAUGACAGAAGCCCCAGGAAUUGAAUGAAAAUCUGGGUGUUUCUUUCAUUGUCGUUUUCUUCCAUUGCUUCUGUUUCAGGCCAAGAGGUUGCAGUCAGAACUUGCUAAGAGAAAACAGGAGAGAGACAUCGAGUAUCGAUUCAUCGCAUUUACUGGGGAGAACUCACCAAGAUGCUAUGACAAGUGAAAGUAUUUUUGGGUGUGUAGGCCUACUGCCAUUUUGAAUUGUUGCCGUAUUAAAUUAAUCGACAUUUUAUGCAAAGUAGUACAGGACAGGGUAGUAUGGAAUUAUAGCACUCUACAAACAGUUUACUCAAUCACAAUGGUAUCCAAUACCCUUUCAUCAAUAAACAUUUCAGCC